AUGUACCCAAAAAACGUUGGAAUUUUGGCCAUUGAGAUAUAUUUUCCGAAGAGAUAUGUUGACCAAAAUAGGCUCGAAGAGUAUGAUGGCGUAUCAACUGGAAAAUACACUAUAGGGUUGGGUCAAACAAAAAUGGGAUUUUGUGAUGACCGCGAAGGUGAAGUCAAAGUUAAUGCGAUUGUGAUUCCCAUUCUUUUAGCUGUCCAAAAUCUUAUUGAAAAGUAUAAAAUUUCAUAUAGAGACAUUGGUCGCCUUGAAGUUGGCACCGAGACCAUCAUUGAUAAGUCGAAAUCUGUCAAGACAUUAUUAAUGCAACUUUUUGAGGAAUCCGGAAAUACCGAUGUUGAGGGCAUCGACACCACAAAUGCGUGCUAUGGAGGCACCAGUGCUCUUUUAAACUCCUUGAAUUGGAUAGAAUCAUCAUCAUGGGAUGGCCGCUAUGCUCUGGUUGUUGCCGGCGACAUAGCUAUUUAUGAUUCCGGUCCAGCGCGCCCUACCGGCGGUGCGGGAUGUGUCGCCAUGCUACUUGGAAAGGAUGCGCCCAUUGUAUUCGAUCGUGGUCUUCGCGCAACUCACAUGGAAAAUGCUUGGGACUUUUAUAAGCCCAAUAUGUCUUCCGAGUUUCCUGAAGUUGACGGGCAUUUCUCUAAUAUCUGUUAUCUGAGAUCGCUGGAUAUAUGCUAUAAUCGCUAUCUGGAGAAGCUGGCCGCGAAGAACCUGGGUACCGAGGAAGCUUUACUAUCAAAAGAUCUUGAGAAGGCUUUUACAGCAAUUUCAAAGGUCGACUACAUUAAGAAAGUGAAACCCACCCUUCUGGUCUCAACAAAUGUUGGAAAUAUGUACUGCGCCUCGUUAUAUGCUUGUCUUGUGACUGUAUUGUCGAACGUUCCCAAUGAGGAGCUGGUGGGGAAACGAAUAGGAAUGUUUUCGUAUGGAUCCGGUCUUUCGUCAACCCUCUUCUCGUUUAGGAUUGUUAAACCCGUCACCGAGAUCUGUAAGAUGUUGGAUAUAUCGAAUCGUCUUGAAUCUCGCGUCGAAGUGACUCCGGCGCAGUUUGUGGAAACGCUGCGCCUGCGGGAAAAGACUAACGGUAAAAAGGAUUUCAAUGUUGUGGGUGAUGGAAGCUCGGUCGAAGAAGCAUUCUUUGAAGGAACUUACUACUUGGACCGCAUCGAUUCGAAAUGGAGACGUACAUACAAACGUCAUACCAAACGAGCCAGAUAA